AUGCCCAUUGCUCGAAAGAAACCAGCAACAUCGUUACCGAUCGUUGAUAAUCAACAGACAUCUGUAUUAACAACAAAUAAUAUACCUGAUAAUACAAAUAUUGUAUUAUCAGGUAGUUUAUCAAAUUUAACUGAAUAUAAAAAUAAAAAUCAACCAAUACAUGAAGAACAUGCAAAUUUUCAAUUCGAUGAUACUAAUAAAAAAAAAAUUCGUUAUAUUGUAUUAAAAGAAGCACUAGGAUUCGAUAUUAAUUCAUUUUUACCUGAUAAUGAUCAAACUCAAGUACAUUUUAUAAGUAAUGUUCAGUCAUUAUCAAUAGCUUACGAAUCUGGUUUACGUGAUGGUGAUCGUAUUUUAACUGUUAACGGUUUAGAUGUAGCAAAUACUAAACAUGAAGAUGUUCGAUGUAUGAUGUUAGAUAAAACAGCAGUACAAUUAACAGUUAGUCAUGAACCAAAAUAUUUAAAAUUAAUUGAAAUGACUAAAUGUAAUCAAAAUAAAAUGACAUCAUCAUCAAAUAAUGAGUCUAAAGAACAAAAACAAUCCGAACAUUUAUCAAAUGAAUUAAAAAAUGUUCUAUUUACUGAUAAACAAGGUUCAGUUUAUAUAAAGCAUUGUUUUAUAAAAAAAGAAUCCGUUAAUACAACAUUGGGUUUUUUAUUAUGUUAUAAAAACAAUUUUCAUAUAAUUAAUUCUGUUGAAAUUAAUUCUUCAGCUUAUAAUAGUGGUUUACGUAAUAAUGAUGUGAUUUUAUUUGUUAAUAAAAAGAAUGUUGAACGAAUGAAACAUAGUAAUAUUAAAGUACUUAUUCAAAGAUUAGCAAGUUCAAAUCAAACUAUUGAUUUAAUACUAAUUAAUAAAAAUGAUACAAAAAGAUAUAAAAACUAUCAAGAAAAAAAUCGUAUCGAUUGGAAAACUAUUCUAUCAAAUAAUAAUGAAGAUAAUAAAAAUAAGAAGCAAAGUAUGUUUAUAUAA